CCACUCCUCAUGCGAACUAGAGCAUGGAAGGCAGCGAGCGGCAGGCACACCCACAGCGUUAUCGUGCACUAGCACCCAGAUUGGCAGGAGCUUGAGGUUAUCCAAGCUUCGUCAAGACCCACAGAUGCAUCUUGAACGAGGCUUGUCUUUGCUUGGAUCCGCACAGAUAUUGGCAACGUGCAUCACGAGGAUGCAAGGCUAACUGGAGAAGGCAGUUGAGAGACAAUAUGCAGGUAUGAAAUGCCGUGGUUUGGAGUACUUAAACGUAGGAGGGUGCCAUGUCUGAGAACCAGUGCUUUCGCUCAAGUCAAUCGCACCAGCAGUAGACAUGGCGCCAGUCCUCAGCUUCCUUAUCGGCUCUUUGUUGGCUGCCAGAGGUCUCGCAGAGCCCUUCGAGAAGUUGUUCGCUGUUCCCGAGGGAUGGAAGCCCACAGGUCCUGCAGCGGACUCGCAGGUCCUCAAGCUGCAGAUCGCUCUCCAACAGGGAGACUCUGAGGCCUUUGAGCAGCAUGUCAUGGAUGUGUCGACACCCAGUAACAAGAAGUACGGACAGCACUUCCAGUCGCACGAGGAGAUGAAGAGGAUGCUGCUCCCUACUGAGGAGGCUUCGUCGUCCGUCGCUGCCUGGCUUAAGACUGCCGGUGUCGAGGACUUCGAGCAGGAUGCCGACUGGGUAACCUUCAAGACUACCGUUGGCGUUGCCAACAAGAUGCUGGAUACCCAGUUUUCUUGGUACACCUCUGAGGAGGCAAAGCCGCGCAAGGUCCUGCGCGCUCUUGAGUACUCCGUACCUGAGGAUGUCGCUUCGUACGUCAGCCUCGUUCAGCCAACCACUCGCUUCGCCGCCAUCCGUGCGAACCACGAGACUGAGAAGGAGAUCUUCGGUCUCCAGCGUAUUGAUGUCGCCGCCAGCGCGAACAUCACCGUCAACUGUGAUGCUGCCAUUACUCCUCAGUGCUUGAAGCAGCUUUACAAGAUCGACUACAAGGCCGACCCCAAGAGCGGCAGCAAGGCUGCUUUUGCCUCGUACCUCGAAGAGUACGCUCGCUACAGCGACAUGGCUCUCUUCGAGCAGAACAUCCUGCCGGAGGCCAUUGGUCAGAACUUCUCCGUUAUCCAGUACAACGGCGGUCUGAAUGACCAGAAUUCUUCCGAUGACAGUGGCGAAGCCAACUUGGACGCCCAGUACAUGCUUGGCCUGGCCCAGCCCCUUCCAGUCACCGAGUUCAGCACUGGUGGCCGCGGCCCCUGGGUUGCAGACCUUGACCAGCCUGAUGAGGCUGACAGCGCCAAUGAACCCUACCUUGACUUCCUCCAGAACGUACUGAAGAUGCCGCAGAAGGACCUUCCUCAGGUUAUCUCCACCUCCUACGGCGAGAACGAGCAGAGCGUUCCCAAGUCGUACGCUCUGUCCGUCUGCAACCUCUUCGCUCAGCUCAGCUCUCGUGGUGUCAGUGUCAUCUUCUCCAGCGGUGAUUCAGGUGUCGGUUCAGCCUGCCAGAGCAACGACGGAAAGAACACCACCAUGUUCCAGCCUCAGUACCCAGCCAGUUGCCCCUGGGUGACCUCUGUCGGAUCUACCCGCUACCUCAACGAGACUGCUACCUACUUCUCGUCCGGUGGUUUCUCCAACUACUGGAAGCGUCCCUCGUACCAGGACGAUGCUAUCAAGGCCUACUUCCACACUCUCGGCGAGAAGAACAAGCCUUACUUCAACCGCCACGGCCGUGGCUUUCCCGACGUCUCUGCUCAAGGUUUCGGCUACCGCGUCUAUGAUAAGGGCGUGCUGAAGGGCUACCAGGGUACUUCUUGCUCUGCGCCUGCGUUCGGUGGUAUCGUUGCUCUCCUCAACGAUGCGCGCCUCAAGUCCAACAAGCCUUCUCUCGGAUUCUUGAACCCUCUCCUGUACUCCAACCCUGAUGCUCUCAACGAUGUCGUCCUUGGUGGAAGCAAGGGCUGUGAUGGCCACGCCAGGUUUAACGGCGCGCCAAACGGAAGCCCGGUCAUCCCGUAUGCCAGCUGGAAUGCGACUGCGGGAUGGGACCCUGUCUCUGGUCUGGGUACACCGAACUUCCCCAAGCUGCUGAAGGCUGCUGUUCCUAGCCGUUACAGGGCUUAGACGUAGACAUAGAUGUCUGGUGGAGAUGCUUGCAAAUAGUUGAACGAUAAUGAACAAACAUUACGAACAAAACCAAAGCCCAAUUCUCAAGACAAUGACAAGGAUACUCGAAAUCUCGAACGUUAGAG